CCUUUUGCCAAGUCAGUCCGCGUCCAAACGUCGUCGAAGGUUCACGUCAUUUUCGUGCUCUCGCGUGGUUGAUUCAGCUAAGGUGGUUCAGAAGAAGUGCAGUGAGAACACAAAUACAGCACUGUUUGAGAGCGCUCAACUGUGUGUGCAAGCGAAUCUAAAACUAUUCGAAAAAAGGGUUUUGUUGUUGUCUUAAUCGAAUCAAGAUUAAGAGAAUAGCGUGUAAUGUGAGGUGAGGCAAGUCUAGGAGGAUGAUUCAACGGGAACAUCGAGCAAGCAGUGUUACCGGAUGUGUUGGUCAUUAAUACGCAGUAGAUGCUUCUAAAGCUGGUCUAGAGGCAUCAACUAGAGGAAGAGUCAGAACCACCAUUGUUGGAUACGGAUUUGCUUCAGGCUGCUUCUACCGCAAAGAACAUUGUGCAAAAUUGUCUUGGAAAGAGGCAAAGGGUGCUGCUGCCGCUGUAUUGGUGGAAGAGCAAGAAAUCAACCAUCGACAACUAGUGAGGAGAAGCCAGGAGGACGCGAAGGAGAGUGUGCAACAUAGCAGAACAUACACGCUGGAACGAGUUUAUUGACAUUUUUGUUUGCGCAAAUGCUCGCGCAAAAGUCAAAUCGUCGCGGUGUUGUUGUUUUGUUGGGAAAGUUAUAGUUUUAUGAGCUUGUCGUGACGGGUGCUUUUGAAAUCUGAUCAAUACCGUAGCAAAAAAGUGGCAGCUGGGGAACCAAAAUAAAACCCACGAAAGGUGCGCAGAAAAGAAAGGCAAAAAAAAGAGAUAAAAAUCGACCAAAAUAAAUGCUGACAGUUCACGCGAUGCUGGGAGAAAUUGCAUAAAGUUGUAAGCAAAAAUAAAAGAGGAAAAAUCAUCGAGAGAAAGAGAGAGGGGAAAAAACAAAAGCAGCGCCAACAAUACAAUUUAAGUGAGGUGAUUUAAUUGUUGUGGAGAAGCCGUCGGAGAAAAAGUCAUUGACAUUUGGUGCGAAUUUCGAUCGAAUUCUCACCGGGGACGCUGCCGGCCUCAAUUGACAUUCACUCCUUGUUCUAUUUUUUUUUUAAAUAAAGGAUUUUUCCCGAUUUCCUCCCCCAAAGGAUGAGACCCCUUCGAAGGAUAAUGCCGUGCCUAUAGAAGGUUAAUUGCCUCCCCCUCGGCCCCUCGCCUGUGGUUGGAAGUCCGACCUGCUGCACCUGCCCGAAACUGGCGGAACGACGGAGGAUACGACGCCGGCACAAUUCCUUUGCCAAAAUGACACUCUACUGGUGGACGCACUGGUUCUGGAUCACCGUGUGUGGAGUGGUCCUCAUCGAAUGCACCCCGCUCAGCUCGAUCGACACGUUCCCCAGCAAGCUGUCCAAGCUGGAGGAAAACAACAACAAAUCCACAUAUCUCAAACGCGCCGGCGAACCCACCCAGCUUCCCAAUCCCAACGGUGGUAACCCGCCUCCAGGUGGCCGCUUCAUAUCAUCCCUGCCACCGGUGGCAGCCGCCUCCAGCGGUCUCCUCUCAUCAUCGUCCUCGUCGUCUUCGAGUUCCAGCUCGCAGCCGGCACCGGUGGCUCCCCAACCCACCAUCAACAGUUUAAUUCCGGAUUCCGGGCAGGACGUGGACGACACCUUCGCCGGGGGAAGUUUGGCUGGCACAGACUUUGGUCCGGACGUGGUCCGGUACACCCGGAAGGAGGCGGACCCGGUUGGCAGUACCGCGUCGAGCGUGGAGGUUACGGCCGCGACGACAACCGGGGCGGGGAGACUCAAGAAAAACGGGACGAUUUUCACGCGGAACGAGCAGAACAUUACGACGUUGAAGUUGAAAAAUUACAAUCGUGGCGGCGCUGGCGUCGAGAAGGAAGAAAUGAAAGCAGCAGCUUCGACGGUGCGUGUUCCGGAUCGCGGCACGCGGUUGGUCGAUACGUUGAUGCAGGUCGCGACGGUCGAGAACGGAACCUCGGGGGAGCAGCAGGACGUUGAGGUGCAGCCGGAGCAGGUCACCGAGGUUGCGGUUGAUCUGAACGUCACGGAAACGGCGCUGGAGGAGUCGUCGUCUUCCGCGGUUGACAACACGACCGUCCCAGCUGCGCCGACCGGUUCCAUCCAGACCAUUGACUUCAACUCCAGCAGCAGUAGCAGUAGUACUAGUUUUAGCAACAGCAGUAGUGAUAGUGACCUAGCAAGUAGCAGCAGUAACGGGCGGGAACUGCCCGACGACAGCCAUAGUGAUAGUUCCGGCGGCAGCAACAGCCGGAUCGGCAAGAUCUUGUCGUCCGACUUUCGGGACUUUGUGAGUCCCGUUGGAGGUCAGCCGAACGCGAGCAGCUACAUCGCGCAGUCAAUUGCGUUCAGCACGCAGAACCUGCAGGAGGGCGUCGACGAUCAGGACCACCCGCUGGAGGACGACGACUACCGGCGCAGUUCGCGCAGUCAGAGUCCGGGCAGGUUGAACGUGGGUGCCAUCUCGGGCAUCUGUUUGGCGUCGUUGGGGCUGCUGUCGGGGUUGUCGGCUGCGUUGGUGAUCCUUUACAGGAGGUAUCUGUAUCUGAACAAGCCGCAAGCGCUGAGUGAGCCGGAUUCGAGCGGGUACAUUGAUGACAGCACGAUCCGGGACAAUUCGGACGAGAUGUACAGCUUGGAUAACGAUUCGUUCCUGAACUCGCUGGAGGCGAUGACGAUACAGAACUACUGGACGGACAAUGUGAAGCAUACGAAGCUGUAGGGCGGGGAUUCUCGGCGAAAUGGGGGGUGAUUUGGCAAUUGUUGACAUUUUUGGGAGCAAAUUGUUUAUUUUGACAAUUUUAGAUCAAUUUUUUCAUAUCGACUUUGAAUGUUUACAAAUUCUUCUCAAAUCUCUGACAGCAGUGAUGCCAGACUAUCAAACUGGAUGAAUCAUCUAAAAUGCUUAAAGAUAUUUCAACAAAAUGUUCAGUCUAACUAGCUUACACAUUCAAACACUUUGAAGCUAUGUAAAUCAAACUUAACAACACAAAACAGUGUUGCUAGAUUACAAAAUUGAUUGAGUCAUCGACAAGGACUUAAUUUAAAUACCUAAAAAACGGUUCUAAAUGCAUUUGUUAAUCAAUCUUCAGCGUAAAACCUUGAAAAGUUGAUUGUUCUUACUUGAAUCAUAAAUUACCGUUGGCAGUCCCGGGCAGACGGUAAUAACAAAAUUCAUGCCAUUUCAAUAACAAAUACUGUUGAAGAAACAGAAAGUGUUAUGGAAUUUUCUUGAAAAAUCCAUUUUUGCAUAAGAGUUUAAUAACAGUUUAUG